AUGGAUGACAAUAAAGUAACAGAAAACCCUGGGGAGGUAGAAAGCGAGGCUGGACCCGUAAAAGAUGCUGAAGCAGAAAAACCGAUCGAAACAUCUACAGAAACUCCAAAAGAUAUUUCGGAAAUUGAUGACACUGAAAGUGAUAAAAAUAAAAGCAAUAUAAAUAGUGAUACAGAUGUUCAUAGUGAUAUACAAAAUCAUUUGAACCAUGAUAAAUGUAAAGAUUAUAGUGUUAAAGAAAGUGAUAAUUGUGAAAUAAAUGUAGAAAAACAAGGUUCAAAUUUUAAAGAAGAUACAACUGAAUUAGUAGCUAAAAAUAUGUAUAAUGUAGAAGAUGAAGAAAAAAACUUAAAAAAAGAGGACAAACCAGAAACUUCUGCAUCUGAAGGAGAAAAAACUGAUAGCAACACAGAUAAUGUAGAAGAAGCAACACAACCUGAAGAGUCUCCUUUAAAGGAGGAGGAAGAAAUUAUAAAGAAAGAUAGUCCAGCAGAAGAUAACGAAGUUGUUGAAGAAGUAAAAGCAGAAACAGUAUCAGAAGAUAUCGCUGUGUCAACAGGUCGAACUCCUUUAGAUGAAGAGGCAAUAGCAGAAAGUCAAGAACACAAUAGUGAAAAUAAAGAUGAUGGCGAUGAUAAAUCAGAAGUCAGAAAACCAGAAUUUGAAACUGCUCCUAAUUGUUCUAUGGAUGAACAACAAGAAGAUCAUACACAGGCAUUAGAUCCUUUUGAUAUCUUACUAAAAGAUCGUUCAGAUCUUACUGAAACUGCAUCUCAAGCAAAUCUGACAACAUUAAAUAUUGAUGAUGAUGAUGACGAUGACCAUAAUGUUGAUGGAAAUGAAGAUAAUGGUCAUGGUGAUGACCAUGACGAUGAACAUCCCCCAGAUGAUGAAAGUAAUUUAUCAGAACUUGCAGAACAGCCUGGUGCUGAUGAAGAAGUAUGUUUAUUGCCUGACACGGAGAGAGAAAUCUCAGAAGCAGAUAAGGCCGCAGCUGAGAAAGCAUUGGCUGAGAAGCGAAAACGAGAUGAAGAAGCAGCACUAGCUGCAGAGUCAGCAGUGCCCAAAGAAGAAACAGAGACAGAAGUGCUGGAGAGUGCUGAAGGAGAAACACACGAUGAGGCCUCGGAGGCCAAUGCUGAGGAUGCAGCUGACGCCGACGCUGCCGACGCUGACGCUAGUACAGAAGAUGCCUCGCAAGAAAAUGGUGGAGAUAAAGAACAUGAGGAAUAUGAACAUGAGGAAAAUACUGAGUCUGAAGAUAAAUCAUCUAAUUCCAUUCAACAAAUUAGUCCAGUUGAUAAAACAUGUGUACAGUGUAAACAAGAACUGCCAUGCCACUACCGAUUUGAUACCAAGGAUGGAUUCAAUUACUUAUGUGAGAUGGCCUGUGUUGAAGCAUUCCAAAAUGCGAGCGAUAAACAGUGUGUAAUCAUAAUGAAAAAGUACAUUAUUGAAGAAAUUACACCAAAAGUUCUUACUUGUUCUGAAUGUGAAGAGAAAAAAAGCUGCUACUUUUACUACAAUUUCGAUGGUGUGGAUACGAAUUAUUGUUCACUACAGUGCUUGUACAGUAUGAUGGGGUCAGAGAGCGAACUUUACACUAUAAAAAGAAAAAGAAUAACCGUAGAAGAGAAUAUGCCUAAAGAAGGUACAUGUUGUGUUUGUGAUUUGGUCAGAGAAUGUAUAUACAGUUUAACCCGUUAUGGAGUUCCUAUACUAAUUUGCGAUCAGAAUUGUCUCAGAAAUUUGAAUAAUAAGGAAAAUGGAAGGUAUUUGCUGAAAAAGAAGAGAACGCAGAGAAUUCCACCACCGCCCAAGCCACGUACUAAUCCACCGCUUCUUAAACUAAAAGUCAUAAGCAACGCUACCGAUAAAUAUUUAGAUGAAGCAUACAAGAUUCAAGCCAAAACUCCUGCAAUGGUGCAAGCCGCCCGUGAAGAGAGGGAACGGACGUUUCUUCGCACAUGCACCCAAUGCUCUAAAUUGCUUACCAACGAAGAGAUGAUGCUCAUGUGGGAGGCAAUGGACUUCUGUAACGACAUAUGCUUAGGACGGUAUCAAAAUAAGAUCGGUUCUAAAUGUUCCAAUUGUAAUAACAUAGUUCAACAUACAAGUCUAGGCAAAUAUUGCGUUCGGUUCGGCUACGAUAUACGACAGUUCUGUAAUUCGGCUUGUUUGGAGGAGUUUAAAAAGGGCCUUAAGAUCUGUUGCUAUUGUCAAAAGGACAUAUCGGCCGGUCAUCAAGGGUUUCUGGCACCGGUUGGUGAUAAAGGGCAGUUUAAAGAUUUUUGCUCCCAACAGUGUAUGGAGAAGUUUGAUCAGAUGAGCAAAAAUCCUGUGCCUCAGCCGGUGUGGGCGAAAUGCGCUGUGUGUUCUCUAGAAAAAGCCACAACCAUUGAAGUAAUAGUAAACAAAGAUAUUUCUCAGAGGCUAUGUUCAGACCCAUGCUUCGCUGCUUUCAAAUUUGUUAAUAAUAUUUUUCCAGACCAAUGUCGCUGGUGUAAAAAAUAUUUCGAAAGAAAAUCGAGCCUUUUUUUUACAAUCUACGAUAGCUCAGUGCCUCACUGCUUCUGUACUAAGUCUUGUAUGAAUAUAUUUAUAAGUAACUCUAGGCACAUAGUUCCUUGCAAUUGGUGUAAAGUAAAGAAAUACAAUUUCGAUAUGAUAAGAAGGGCUCAGCCGAAUGGACAAGCUAUAAUGAUGUGCUCUCUCAACUGCUUGAAUCUCUAUCAAGUAUCUGUUAAUGCAGUAUCAUCUAGACGGACGAAGUGCGACAUGUGCAAGAUGACGGAGCUGGCGCAGUACCACCUCACGAUGUCGGACGCGACCGUGCGCAACUUCUGCACCUACCAGUGUGUCAUGACCUUCCAGGGUCAGUACUCAAAACAAGCAUUACCGGUGAUGUCAGGUGAAACGAUGGACCAACAAAAGGCUGUGCCUACCGGGGCUCCAAGAAGAACCUAUUCAGGAGCAGCAAAUAAAAAUAAUGCAGCAAAGAAUCAACAACGCUCGUCAUCAGGGAUGCCAGUAAUUUCGAAUGUCCAGUCGUUAGCGCCGCCGCCGCCGCUCGUGCAGACCACAACGCGGGCAAAGUCUAAGCGACAACAGCAAGCGCAAGCACAAGCCGAACCGGAACCCGAACCCCCUCAAACCUCUAAAACACCCCCGCCACCCCCUAAGCCGCUAACACCACCCCCACCACCACCACCCAAAAUAUACAACCACGUUAUAGUAAAAACCCUGCCACCCCACGAAGUUGCAAAUAAGGCGACUAUGUCAAAACCAAUGAUGGUCUCCAAAGGUGUGUCAUGCCGUCCCCAUCCAUGUACAAAAGAAUGCCAAACAGAUCCAAGUCUUGAAAGGCGGGUCCUUAUACCGGUACCGGUACCAAUUUACGUACCUGUUCCUUGUGUUAUGUGGUCCCUACCAUUUCCCGUACCAGUUCCUAUACCCAUCCCAAUACCAACGCCAGUCUUCAUUCCGACUACUAGGAAUUCAGCUAAAGGCAUUUUGAAGGAAAUCAACAAAAUCCAUGAUAAAAUGCCAACGGAUCCGUUCGAAGCUGAACUACUCAUGAUGGCCGAAAUGGUGGCGGGUGAUAAGAAAAAAGAUCAGAGUGAUUCCGAUACUGAAGAUGAGAAUGAGGAAGGAUUCAGUCCAGUAGGAGGUAUGGACGGGAAUAACGCGUUUGGGGAGGAUAUGUUACAAAUGGCGUUAAAAAUGGCCACAGAGUAUGAAGACCAACCGGUUGACCUGGAGUCAGCUAUGACUGCCAACACCAUCACGCCAAGCUCUCAUCCUGGUAUGCCUGGUCUGGAGGGCGAGAGCAUGCACCAGCACAUGAUGGUGCUGGAGCAGCAGCGCGCGGUGGCGGCGCUGCGCGCCAGCAGCGCCGUGCGCAAGCGCGCGCCGCCGCCGCCGCCGCGCGCGCGCGCCAAGCGCCGCCGCGACCCGCCCGCGCCCGCGCCCGACCCGCCGCGCGAGCCGCAGGAGAAACCCGACGCUAAUAUGUGUCUUAAGUAUACAUUCGGUGUGAAUGCAUGGAAGCAAUGGGUGAUGACAAAGAACGCUGAGAUCGAGAAAAGUUCGAUACGAAGGAAACCUUUCAAGUCGGAGAUACUACAGUUGACGGCGGACGAGUUGAAUUAUUCGUUGUGUUUGUUCGUGAAAGAGGUGCGGAAACCUAACGGCAGUGAAUACGCACCGGACACUAUUUACUAUUUGGUUUUAGGUAUACAGCAAUAUUUGUUUGAAAACGGUAGGAUAGACAACAUAUUCACAGAUCCAUAUUACGAAAAGUUCACAGACUGUUUGGACGAAGUGGCGAGAAAGUUUUCUGUUUUAUAUAAUGACUCACAAUACAUAGUAACACGUGUGGAAGAAGAACAUUUAUGGGAGAGUAAACAGCUCGGCGCGCACUCGCCGCACGUUUUAUUAUCUACCUUAAUGUUUUUUAAUACGAAACAUUUUAAUCUUGUAACAGUAGAAGAACACAUGCAGCUAUCAUUUUCACAUAUAAUGAAACAUUGGAAACGGAAUCCAAACCAGCCCGGACAAGCAAAGAUACCCGGCUCAAGGAAUGUGUUAUUAAGGUUUUAUCCUCCACAGUCGGCGUUAGAAGCAAAUUCAAGGAAAAAGAAAGUAUAUGAGCAGCAAGAAAAUGAAGAGAAUCCACUUAGGUGUCCAGUUAAAUUAUAUGAAUUUUAUAUUUCUAAGUGCCCCGAGUCGGUGCGGACGCGCAACGACGUGUUCUACCUGCAACCGGAGCGGUCGUGCGUGCCGGACUCGCCCGUGUGGUACUCCACGCAGCCGCUCAGCCGCGCCGCGCUCGCCAAGAUGCUGCACCGCGUCAAGAUGGUCAAGGAGAUAAACAUCGCGCUGCUCACCAGC